AAAAGGGCAAACUUAAGUGGAUCCCAAGCCGACCAGUUGAACAGCUAUGUAACCCUCAAACUCCAAAAUGUCAAAUCGACUACAGUGUGCGUCAAGGGGGCCCAACCUCGAUGGGAGCAAGACUUCCUCUUCGAGACCAAUCGGCUGGACACGGGCCUGUUGGUGGAGGUGUGGAACAAGGGCCUUAUAUGGGACAAGGCUCUGGGGUACCUCUGGCUGCCCCUCACCAACAUCCAGUACUCCAACGAGGAGGGGGAGGGCUGCUGGUACAACCUCGACGCUGAACGUGUGGUGGAGAACGGGGAGGUGAAGGGCACUGCCAACCCCACCGGAGACUCCCUCUUGCUCGACUGUCGCUUUGAGCUGCCAUGGGGCAAAAAGGCCAAAGAAAGAGCAAGGAAGAAAGCUCUGGAUCCAGUGCUUCCCAACGGCCAGUGUGCCUCGGGGGAGCCUGGGGUUGGAGGCUCCCAUGACGCCCCUCCCUCCUCCCUCUCUUCACCUUCCUCCUCGACUGCCCGCCCAAGUCUCUCCACUGUUAAGCUCCUCAAUACUGUCACGUUUGAGACUAUCGAUUCUACCACUGAUUACGAUGACGAUGAGUGCGUAGACUCCUUGGCGGCUGGUGAGAGGCCCGACCUCCUCACCGCCGCCGCCUCAGAGACCGUGGACUCUGGCAUUGGCAAUGAUGAAUUAGGUGCUGAAACUAGCAUUUCUAGAUUUCUUAGUAGAAGUGACGAGGCCAAAGGUGAACAGAGUGAUGCCGCGAGUGGGACGGGCGAGGGUGGAUCAUCGCCAUUUAGGUUUAGCUUUCAAAUGCCACUGUCGCAGAAGAAUAGGGAACUGUCCUCCCCCCCGGCCAGUGACAGCAAGACUUUCAACUGGGACCCAGAAACCGGUGUCUCCUCCUAUGCAAACGCCCAGUCUUCUAGCCCAAAGGUUACUCUGGUGACCACCAAAUUCGCAUCAUUGUCAGUGUCUUCGCCGGAUAGGGAACAACUCCCCCCCUGUAAAGCUUUCCCCGAAAUCUCCAGCCCAAGUGCCGUGCCCUCCUCAGGGAUCUUCAACAUCAGGCUCCUGAAAGAGAACCUUCUGAGGGAGAGUGAGGGACUCGACCCCCUGCAGCCGUCGCCUAACUUGGAGGACUCCUCCUCGACCAGCAGCUACCUGACGCUGUCUGGCUCCAGUGGCUUCUUCUCCAAGUCCAACGCCACAGACGAGGUUCCGUCCUCCAAGACCUCGCCCACAACAGAAACCGAAUACCCGAAUGAGGUCAACGGCGAAGUGCCUUCCAGCACGUUCAGUUUCCUGAAGUCUCCCGCACGGACCGAACCCGAAGCUCCCACGACGGAGGAAGCCGCGAGCACAGAGUCCUUCAAGCCCACCAGAUUCUCCUUCCUCACCCGAGAUUACCUUCCGCCUCUGGACAGUUCAAGCGAGGAGGAGCGAGCCCCGGGGUGGAUCUCCUCCUCUUCAGAGCAACCCAUCUCGUCGCCUGUGUCAGGAUUCACCUUCUCGUUCUCGAGGACCAGCGAAGCCUCGGCCACCACGCUCACCAGUGCCACGGCCACCCCGCUCCUCGCCACCACCACCACCACCACCACCUCCACCACCUCCCCGCCUCAAGAAAAGUCCAGAUUUUUCACCUUCCUCAACCUGAGACACUCGCCGGGGUCUGAGUCGCCUCCCUCCGUGGCCAGCGGGGAGAGUGAGCAGCUCUCCACCCCUGGAAGUGUCCCAAAGCUCAAUUUCCAUGGAACUCCCAAAGUCUGUGAUGAUGAGGAUGGUGAGACAGUUAAGGAUGAAAAGACUGACAAACUCCUAUCGGAAAAGAUCAAAACUGGGUCGCCAGAAAGCAAACAGUCAGGAGAAGAAAAGAAAGACCUGGAGGAGACCGAGGCCCAGGAACUGCAGAGGAAACUGGAGAUCCUGAACCACAUUAUGGACCAGGAGACAAGAGGGGCCCCUGGCAACACCAGAAACCCCCAACUCAAUCUUAUGUCUGGGAUGUCCGAAGACAGUGACUACACCAGUGACAUCAACUAUCCGGUGGGCCAGCACCCCAACUCCUCCGUGUCGCAGUUCCUGGGCGUGGCGGCUCAGAUGUCCACGCCGCAGCGGUCACUCGAGACAAGCCGGGAGAACUCCUGCGAGAGGGAUGAUGGUGUACAGUACAGCGGGGAGACGGGCUACGGGGAAGGCUUGGACAGGGGGACGGCCGACGACUACUACAGCUACACACUCGAGCACAACAAGAAGAACGAGGGACACUUGGCGACCUCCGGCGUGCCUGACGAAGACCUCUCCUACAACAGCCGCCCUAACAACAGGAAAGACUAUAGGUAUCAACCGGAACCGUGGGAUGAUGAAGAUAUCAGCCCGGUCAGCUACUACAGCUCGCACGACUUCUUCUCAAACAACCAGAAUGAGGAGACGACGCCCUCUAAAACAACAACAACAACAACAACAACAACAACAACCUCCAAUAAUGCAAGAGGGAAGCUGACAAGAGCCAAGCAGCACACGGAGGAAGACGGAAGCACCCGUCGCCCCAGCUUAGAGAGACAAACCACCUUAUAUGAUGACCAGGGUGGAGGGCAGCGCACAGAAGGGACCAGUCGAGAAAACAGGUACUCUAACUACCAUAGCUACUAUCACCAGUACUCCUCCAGCCAGGAUGACCCAAGUGCACAGCCGGCGGGAGAGGGUGAGGCAGGCAAGGAGGACCGCACGGAUCAGGGUUACCAGAAUGAGCAGGAGGGGUGGUAUGACAAGGAGAGGACAGAUGGGUACUAUGGUGACUACAACAAAGAGUGCUUCAAGGACGAGGGGUACCAGAAUGAUAAGAGUGAUGACGGGUAUGCGGGGGAGCAGUACGACCAGUAUGGGUACGGCUAUGACCAGUAUUCCGGGUAUGACGAAUAUUAUGGGUACGAUAAGACGGGAGAAAAUUACGACUAUGCUCAGUACGGUUACUAUGGGGAAGACGGGACGUGGAUUUACUACCAGAAUUACGAUGGUUAUUAUGGGUACUACGACGAGGCUGGUGUCUUUCACACUUACAAUGAGAACUAUAAUUAUGCCUACCGGAGCAAUGAACACUUGGACUCGAUGGCAGAGCUGCAAGGUGAUAGUGGCAAAGCUCUUGACGCUUCCAAGAUGAUCACUGCUCCCUCCAGCCUUGCCUCCACCCUCACCAUCACCACCUCAGCCAUCACCACCACUAAAGCCCUCAACUCGGUGCUCCCCACCACCACCACUUCCUCCUCCACCACUGCAAAGUCUGUGGGCAACCACGUGGCACCCACGCGGACAACACAGCAGAAAGCAGAUGCUCUCCUCAACAAGUUUCUUCCUCAGCUUCCCAUCUCUCUCCCCUCCACUCUUACCACCACCACUGCUGCUGCCACCACCACUGCCACCACCACCACCGUCACCACGACACAGUCCAACCGGCCACAGGUGCAGCCAGCAGUCCCCCAAGCUACACCUCUUGCAGCACAGCAGCGCCUUGCUCAACAAAAGCAGCAGCAGCAGCAGCAGCAACAACAAAAGCAGCAGCAGCAGCAGCAGCAACAACAAGCCAAGCCUGCUGCUGGUGGCUUUGGUCUGUUUGGUGGAAUGAACAAGAAAGGCGGCCUUUUCAAUGCCAUGUCUGGCAUCACGUCCAAAGUGAGCGACACUCUCAAUACUGCUGUGAAGGAAGUCUCUGCAACUGCUGCAGCAGCAGCACAGCAGGCCAAUGUUGCUGCACAGCAGACAACUAAAGUUGCCACAGCCAAGGCAGCAGCAGCAGCCAAGAGUGCAGGUGUAGUUCCUGGACAGCAUGGGCAAAAACAACCUUCCCCUGCUCAGCCGACAAAGCCGCCAACCUCCAUGGCCCGAACCCUCACCAAGCAGGAGAGUGUCAGGAGUGACAAAAUGCCCACAGACGAGGCGGAGCGGCGAUCGCUGGCCACUCUGCCGGAGACCACGGACCCCAGCUACCAGGGAGAGCUAGACCAGUCCCUGUGGCAGCAGGACAGCUACGAGACGGCCAUCACGGACAGGACGCAGCAGCGGCAGGACAGCUACGAGACGGCUCCCGAAGACUCUCUCUACGACGAGGACAUCCACGGCCCGGAAGAAUACUACGACGAAGACUACGAGGGCCACUGGGACAGGAGAGGAUACCCUGGUCAUGACCCUUACUACGAUGAUGAUUACUAUGACGAUGACCGCCGUUCUCAAAUCUACGAGGACGAUUACUACCCAGACUCCUUCGAUAAUGAUGAUGUAUCGAGCAUAGUGGGCACAGAGCGUGGCUUGCCUCGGUACUCGUCGCAGGGGUCGGGUGAGAGGUUCCUGGACGGAGACACGCAGUACUCGACUGAGUAUGAGAGUGGCACGGAGUCCAGGGAAGCUGUGAACGACCGGAUAGAACCCUACCCUGGAGACCUGAGCAAGGAAAAUGAGGAGAAGCCACAGGAAUCUAAGAUUAUUGAUUUCGACAUGAAGACUCGGACGGAGCACGUGAAGGCGGAGAGUGAAACCGCAAAGGUGUCCCCAGAGGGAGGUUCUACCAGAGAGACCUCAGCAAACAACAAAAAGAUGUUAUUCGAGGCAAAGAUGAUGCAAAUGUCCAAUGAUAAGUCCGCUGUAGCGCCCUCUGAGAAGAGUGGUCCCACAGCGACCACCCUGAGCCAGCCUACUGAGCAGGUAUCUAGGCAGAGCUCCUUCGAGGACAAAAUGCGACAGAUGAAAGGAAUACUAAAGCUUCCAACGUUACCUACAUCCCUUCCCACCUCUUUACCCAUCAAGAUACCCAAUUUAACGGGAGUCUCAGUGCCUAAACCCCAGGCCAGUGGCGCUGCCUCGGCCAGCCGGCCCGCAGCAGCAGCAGAACAGGUCAAGGAGGCUGAACACCCACCUCCGCAGAAGGUCACCCAGCCAGACCAAAGCAGCUCUGAACCUGCAGCAGAUCAAGCCAAGAAGGACACAUUUGAGGAAAAGAUGAAAACUUUGCAGAAACCCAGCUCUGAGGCACAGGUGCAGGUGGAACAGCAGGAACAAGCACAGCAACAACAACCACCACAACCACAACAGCAACCACAGUCAGAAAGAUCAGUUGAGGAACAGAAGUUGGUAGCCGGGCAAGAAUCCGCAGCACCCACCACAGGAGCUCAGCCCACAGAAACACCGGCUAGCCAAGAGGCUCAGGUCGAGGUUCCGCAGCAACCCGCAGAAGAAAAAGCAGCUGUGGUUGAUGACAAGGUGGCAGGUGUCCCCAGCACUACCGGCCCUGCGGCCCCUGACCACCAGCCACCUCCAGUCCAGCAGCAGCAGCAGCAGCAGGCCAAGGAGGACGCCGCCGCGCGAGGCGACGCUCAGAUCACCAGCCCGGGGACCGUCGAUGCCGCCGCCACUACCCCCGUGGGCGAGGCGCCGCGGGAUGGCAAGCUGUCGCCGCUGCCGUCCACGGAUGAGCGCCACGUCAGCUUCGAGGAGGAUGGCGGCGUGCCCGGCGAGGAGGGGCCGCCGAAGAAGAAGAUGACGGCCCGCGAGCGAUGGUACUGGGCGUUCGACAAGAUCGUCGCCAAACUGAACGUGAGUACCUGUUGCGCUUUUCGUUUUUCUAUUGUUUUAGGGUCUGGUUCGAGUUCUGGACAACGUUACUAGAAUAUCGUACGCAUAACAUUGUAUUUUCCGGUUUCUGGCCCAUAAAUAUUGCAAAAAAAAAAAUCAAUAAUUAACGAUUUUAACAAAAAUUAUAAAUGCAUAUCGUUAUCUCUGUGGGUGCGAUAGUUUUUAGUCAGAAAUCGGCAAAAACAAUACGCUAAGUACGACAAUCUGGUAACGUUGGUUCUGGAUUCGUUCAUUUCCUUGUCAAGUCCUUCACCCGCCCUGAGGUUUGUUUAUGUAUUUUUCAUAUAUUUUCUUUCGUUCAGUAUUCAGGUUUCAGCGAUGUUAUUAUCUUGGCGUCGUUUACUUAAUUUUGCAGAGCGAGAAAUAUAGAUAGUUAUGCUUCCUUAACUGUGCGUCAUUCUGUUGCUGUUUAAUAAGUGGGCUUGUGAAGGACUUGUCAGAAUUGAUUUUUUUUCGUAUUGUGAAGUUUCCCUGAGGCUACUGGGUGUGAGGGAGAGUCCUGGCUCAUUUCCCUCUUAAUGUAACUUUCUCAGCACUCGACGGUCAAAAUAACUUCAACUCCUUACCGUGUUGCGCUUUUUUUUGAUCAGCCAUUACAUAUUUCAAUCUUUUAUUUUAUCAUUUAUUUAUUUACAACAAUUAUAAGGUGACAAUGCCCGCCCAAAUGAUAAAUCCGUUAAAAAGUGACAAUACCUUAAAAAAAUAUAAUCAUUCCUUAAAAAAGUGGCGGGAUUUCUAAUAAUGACAAUUCCUUAAAAAAAAAAAAACGAAAGCAAAAGAAAUCAAGAACGUUAGCAACUGAAGAAUCAAACGCGAACACAAGGAAGAUAAAAUAAAAAAAAAGACAAACUAAAAAAAAAAGGAGAGGGAGAAGAAAGAAUGAGAGCAAGAUAAGAGAUAACGAAAUAAAUGAAAGAAGAAGAAAUAAUGAACCAGAGUGAAGAGAAUAAGAACUUUGCGUACGAUACAUCUGUUUUUUUUUUUAUUGCUGUUACUCUUUUUAUUUCGGCUGGUAUUGUUUGUUUCUGUUGCCUUUUUGGUCUUGUUCUUCACCGGUCAUAUAUGCGUCGCCUUUCACGUGAGUUUCCUCCGGCAUUUCUCUCCUUGAUCUUCCUCUCCGUCACACAGUUUUGUUUCGCCGCGUUUCUGUUGCCUCAUUUUCCGCUGACAACCUCAUACGACUUGUGCAAUAUUAUGAAGCCAGUGAUUUCUUCCUUGAUCUCAAAUUGGUUAUUAAAGACCAGAGUUUAAGCCUCUUACACUCAGGCGCUCAGGGUAUCAUCGUUAUUAUUAUUUUUAUUAUCAUUAUUAUUAUUGUUAUUGUUGUUAUGAAUAUGUACCUGUUCAACGUGAAGCUCAAGAAAGAAGAAGAGAGGACAGGUAAGCCAGGUAAGAAUAUUCCCGUGUAAUAUCUAAUGAUGCAGGUGGAUGAGGGACGAUAAUUACCUAUAACAUUUUACCCAAGAUGCAGUUUGUUGAGAGUAUCGUUUUACCCUCAUUUUUCUUUCCUUAACAAUGUUCGUUCCUUCGCAUUUCUUGUUCUUGUUAUGGGGACGCGGUGGUCGAGUGGGUUAUUCUUUUUGGGAAGGGACGUAAUAGUUUUGUCGAGAAAUAAGCUCAACUGCAGGUGAUAGCAAGGGAGUCAUGUGCUUGGUGGAGGACCCUCGUUGGAAUAAGUGAUGAUUCGCACUCAAAACUAUAAUCUCUUAAGAAAAUAUUCCGCCAUGAAAAUACAAUCCUUCCCUCCC